UCUAUCGCCGCCACCUCAGGAUGGAAACUGAGCAAGGCCGUCGGAUACGCGCGCGUAGAACCCAUCAGAAAUCCAGACUAGGGUGCAAGACCUGUAAAAAGCGACGAGUCAAGUGCGAUGAGAAAAAGCCCACCUGCACCAAUUGUCGCCAGCAUGCAGUCAUCUGUGAUUAUGCCACUGAAUCGGCUGCACCAUCGCGGCCUUCGCGUCGACAAUAUCGCUUCAGACAGUCCAAAUACGAAGUCCAGAUAGACUCACCGAUGACCACAGACACCAGCGUACAGUCGUCCACAGACCUGCACCUCUUCCAUCACUUUGUCACCUCCGCCGCCAGCACAGCAACCGAAGGCCACGACCCCAAACACCUCUGGGACAUCCACGUCCCACAAUGGGGCUUUGCCUUCCCCUCCAUCCUGCAUCUCAUCCUCGCGUUCUCCGCCCUCCACCUGGCGCACCAGCACCCGGCCCUGCGCGCCCAGUACCUGAGCCAAGCAGACGCCCAUUUCACCUUCGGCGUCCGAUCCGUGACCACCGUGCUGGCCAGCCUGAACGAGGACAACUGCCAGUACAUCUACAUCUCAGCCGUGCUGAUCUGCCUCGUGUACUUCGGGCAUGGUCCGCGCACAGGCGAGUUCCUCGUGUUCAGUGAGACAGGGCAGGCGGAGUGGCUUGUUCUCAUGCGCGGGGUGAAAUCGAUUCUGGAGUCGAGGCGUGCGGAGAUCUUUUCGGGGGUGUUGGAGCCUGAGGCGCUGGAGGGGGAGGCUCAGGUUAGCGAGGAGCUGGCGGAGGAGCUGGAAAGGCAUAAGGGGCGGAUUAGGGAUGUACAGGCUUUGAUCCGUGCGGAGACGGAUGACCCAGCAUUCAAAGAGAUGUACGAUUCUGCUCUGGAUAGUCUGCAAGGGGUUUUUGACGAGGUGUAUCGGAUGAGAGCGGCCGGGAAGCAUGGGGUGAAUCUGAUGCACCUGGUUAUUGGGUGGUUAUACCGGCUUCCGGAAGGGUUUGUUGGCUGGCUAGAGGCGAAGGACCCGCUUGCGCUGGCUGUCCUGGCGUACUGGACUAUUCUUCUCAAGCACAUGCAGUCCUCGUGGCUGAUGACGGGGUGGCAUGAGCAUGUUCUGGCGGGGAUCCACGCUUCUUUGCCAGAGGAGUAUCGGCGCUGGAUUCGGUGGCCGGUCGAGUGUAUUUUCGGGGAUAGGCAACCUGUUAUCGCUGAGCUUUCAUAG